CCUUUUCUUAUUUCUUUCUCUACCUUUUCUACAGCUUCCCUCCCGCUCUCCCUUCCUCCUCUCGAGUAAUAGAUAGAUCAUCGAGUCUCCUUUAUCCCAAGAUCUUCUCUUGUGCUUCUGUCUCCUACUCAUCCCCCGCUACUUUCCGCAGAACCUCCACAAGUCCCCCGAUAGAUCAUACCAUACCCCCUCAACAUCAUGCGUACUUCUGCUCUUCUUAGCCUUUGGGCUGGUGUAGGAUCUGUGGCUACUGCUGCAACCACUAAACCAUAUGGACUUCCAAAAACCAACUUAGACAAGAAGGAUAUCCAUUUCAGUGUUCAGGCUGAUGGUUUGGAUGUUAAGUUGGAAAUCACCAAUUCGACAUCUAGUGUGGUCAAACCUAAGGUUUUCAUCAUUUCUAUGUUCACCCCCGAAGCAGACAUCUGGUACGAAAACUCCUUCGCCCCAGGCUCAAUCGGAAAUCUCCUCGCGAGAAACAUUACUGUGCCCGGAUUCUCCCCUAUCUUCCCACAAGCCCAUUGUCUUGCCGAUGGAUCCGUGUGUCAACUCACCACUGGUGAAUCCGAAAUCAACGCAGCUUCAACCAUCACCGCUUUGACACUCUCCCCCGCUUUCGAUCUCAGCUCGACUUAUUUCCUCGUUGGUGGAAUUGCUGGUAUCAACCCAAAGCACGGUAGCAUUGGUGAUGUCGCAUUCUCAAAGUACACCAUUCAAGUUGCUCUUCAAUAUGAAUUUGACGCAAGAGAAAAGCCCGAUAACUUCACCACCGGAUACUUCCCCCAAGGUUCAUAUGCCCCCGAUCAAUACCCCGCCAACAUCUACGGAACCGAAGUAUUCGAAGUCAACGAACCACUUCGUGAUUUGGCCGUCGGAUUCGCGAAAAAGGCAUCUUUGAACGAUUCAUCCGAAUCCAUCGCCUACCGUGCAUUGUACGCAACAGACAACGCCACAGCAGCUGUCAACAAAUAUCAAGCAGCAACCCACGCUCCUACUGUCAUCACGUGUGAUACUGCAACUUCCGAUGUAUACUACUCUGGUACUCUCCUCGGAGAAGCAUUCGAAAACACCACCACAUUGCUCACCAACGGUUCAGGAGUUUGCUGCAUGACGGCCCAAGAAGAUAACGCCACACUUUCUGCUCUUUUGCGUGCUGCUCUCUUCAAGAUCGUCGAUUUUUCCCGUAUUAUCAUUAUGCGCACAGCCUCUGAUUUCGAUCGUCCAUACCCCGGUGCCUCUGUCGAGUUCAACCUCUUGUACUCCAACCAAGGUGCUUUCGAACCAGCUGUUGAGAACAUCUAUCUCGCUGGUACUGAAGUUAUCAAGGGAAUUAUCGAUGGCUGGAACUCAACUUUCGCUGCAGGUGUGACUCCUACCAACUAUAUCGGAGAUAUCUUCGGUAGUUUGGGAGGUGAGCCUGAUUUCGGACCAGGAAGUGAGUUCGGUGGUGAGGAAGUCGAUCCUAACAAUGAGGUUAUCUAUGUUAAGAGAGAUGGACAGAAGAAGGCCAAGUCCAGGAGAGAGAUGAAGGGAAAGAAGGGAUUGAUGAGACGUCAUUAGGAGAUAAUAGUAAUGAUGGGAGUUGUUUCAGUGUCGGUUUGGCGCUGAGAGCGUGUUUCCUCAAGCGUGCAGGAUAGAAUGCUUUCGUCUUUUCUUCGCGUCUGUAUCUUUAUCCAAAAGUUUUGGUCGGUGUCUUUCGUUUUCCUAGGUGGAAAUGUUGGGAUUCGCGCGGAUGUUAGUUGAAGUGAUCCGUUGAUCUCUUACGACAACUUUGGUGCAAUGGAUUUUGACGUUUGAAAUCUCGAUGAGCUUUGGAUUGUUAGUCGAUUCAAAGAGAUCUGAAGGAGAUCUCAUGCGAAGAGUAUUGCGGGUUUUGACGCGUUUGAGAUAGCUCGACGAUGGUUGUAGAUAAUGGGUGGUAGAGAUUCCGUCAGGUGGCUCGGAAAAGUGCGAUGGGUUAUGAGUACAUAAAUGCAGAUGAGCUAUGAUAUAUGGGAGGAUGAUAUUUAUAUCAACAUUCAAAUUUGUGGUUACAAUUUAGAUCCUAUAGUAUGGAUGGAUAAUUAUGGAAGUAUAUAGGAGAGAUGAAAUAUAUGAAUAUACGAUUUACAUUCUACA